ACGGACACCGCGUACACCGAUAAGCGGUAUAGAGUGGGACCCAAACCAGACUUCGACCGAAGCGAGUGGACCAAUGAGAAGGCGACGUUGGGUUUGCCCUUUCCUAACCUGCCCUACUAUAUCGACGGCGACAUAAAGAUCACCCAAAGUCUGGCCGUAUUGAGGCAUUUGGCGCGAAAGAACCACUUGAUGGGCGAGUCGGCCGACGAAGAGUUGCGGAUCAGUUUAGCCGAACAGCAGCUGAAGGACAAUAACGGGGCGUUUACUAAAAUCUGUUACAAUCCACUCUUUGAACAGUUGAAAGCCGAUUAUCUGAAACAAUUGCCACAAACGCUGGACCUGUUGAGCAAAUUCUUGGCCGAACGGCCGUAUUUUGCCGGCGAGAGGUUAACAUACGUGGACUUCUUGGCCUACGAGUAUUUGGACCAACAGAAACUGUUUGCGCCGCAACUGGUCUCGCAGUACAAGAAU